AUGAUUGGCACGUUGUAUAUAUGGGUGGCGUUGCUGGCACUUACAGCAGCGCAAGACCCGUUCACGCUUGAGGACUUUGUCUCUGGCUCUUUUUCCCAACGAGGAUUCACUGGAAGAUGGAUAUCAGAUACGGAAUUCACAUUUACCGUGCCAGGAGAGUCCGGUAUUUAUGUGUUUGACGUUCCGACGCUCCAACGCCGAGUACUCGUUCCUGGAGAACUUAUGGGUUUCCUAAACACCAAUAAUCCAAUAUUAUCAGCGGAUAGAAGUUACAUUCUGGCACCAAGUGAAGUAGAGUCUGUGUAUCGUUAUUCAACAACAGCAAAGUAUACUCUCUACAAUAUCGAAACACGCGGCGUUGUGAAUGUUUCAAACCACGACCGCUUGCAGCUGUGUAUAUUUGGUGGAGGCCAUUCUCUUGCGUAUGUUCUAGACAACGAUUUAUAUUAUUUACCCGAAAACUCGACGGAGGCAAUAAGGAUCACCGAUGAUGGUAUACCCACAGUUAUUUAUAAUGGACACGCGGAUUGGGUGUAUGAAGAGGAUGUCAUGUACACGGGACAGGCCACUUGGUUUUCGCCGGACGGCAGUUAUUUGGCGUUCGCGAGUUACAAUGACACCCAGGUCGGGACGUAUUCGUACUAUUAUUACGAAGACGAAAGCAAUCCUGACAACUUGUAUCCAAAAUUAGUUGAUCUGAAAUAUCCCAAGGUCGGUGACACAAACCCAACGGUAACUCUACGUGUGGUAGAUUUACGGAACAUACAGACUACUGGAGUUAAUUUCCUUGUUCUCGAAGCUCCAGAAGAAGUUGGAGAAGACCAUAUUUUGGGAGGAGUAACUUGGCCUACCGCAAAUGAGAUUGCAGCACAUUGGUUGAAUAGAAGGCAAAAUAAGACUGUAUUAAGGAUUUAUAAUGUACAGACUAAUCAGUUCGAGGAUGAAGAACGCGAAGAACAAGACGGCUGGGUGCCGAUCGCCUUACCUCGCUUCAGUAGGGCUGGUGAUUUCUACGUUUCCACACGCUGGUCAUUGGAACAGGCAGAUGGACACGCGUGGCAGCAUCUGUAUGUGACUAUGAGGGUUAAUGGAAGCCAAGUCUCCAGCUCUGUUACACCUGGAGCCAGCACUGUGAACAAUUUCGUUGGGAUGGAUGAGGAUAAUUUGGCCUACUACUACACAAGCACAAUACCGGGCAGUCCAUGGAAGUCAGCUGUUAACAUAGCGGGUUCAAGGAUCGGCUGUUUGUCCUGCGAGAUAGAGAUGCCAGAAGGUGGAGCAUGUACUUGGGCCACUGCUACGGCCAGCUUAGGAGGAACUUACCUGACUAUCACUUGCAGUUCUACUAAUGAACCGUCGGCUACCUAUAUAUACCAACCAUUGACUCAAACUAUCUUGUACAACUGGGAGCUAAAUGACCAAUUACGGGUCAAUCUCAGGAAUAAAGUCAAGCCAAGGUCCAUCAUUACAACUGUCCCACUUGCAAACGGGUAUCCGGCACCCGUGAGGCUAUUUCUACCCCCAGGAUUAGAUAUUAACAACACCACCACUAAAUACCCCUUAGUGUACUACGUGUAUUCUGGACCCAACACCAACACAGUCUACGAUACAUUUACAGUGGGUUACCAUUCGUACUUAACUACAAGUCGCAAUACAAUCUACAUGUUGGCUGAUGGAAGAGGGGCGGGUCUCAACGGUAAAGAUAUGCUGUUCUCUAUCAACAACCGCCUUGGAACAGUUGAGAUUGAAGAUCAUUCUGUUAUUUUAAAACAAGUACUAGACCGCUAUCAGUUCAUAGACCGAAGCCGUGUGGGUAUUUGGGGUCACAGUUAUGGAGGCUACGCGACCCUUUUAACUCUUCUUCAUGAUGAUGAGAAUUUAUUCCAAUGCGGGGUCUCUGGAGCACCUGUAACUUCGUGGCUGUAUUAUAAUACAAUGUACACGGAGCGGUACAUGGGUCUACCAACUCCCGAGGAUAAUCUAGAAGGCUACCAGCGUGGUGACGUCACACUUCUAGCGGAGAAGCUGCGCGGACGCAACUUCUAUUUAAUGCAUGGCAAUGCGGAUGACAACGUGCAUUACCAGAAUGCAGCUAAGCUCAUGAAGGCGUUGCAAGAACGGGAUAUUCCAUUUGAACAAAUGUCAUAUCCUGACGAGGCACACAGUCUUCGAGGUGUCAACAGGCACAGAUAUAGAACCAUGAAUGUCUAUUGGGAGAAGUGCAUUGAGAUGCCGAAAGAAGAUUAG